GUUCUCCAACCUCGACCUUCACCGUAAGCUCCGCCCCCUCCACCGCCACCGCCCCAGCUGACUUCCCGAAGCCCCGCCCACCCGUCGUCUCCGUCUUCCAAUCGUGCUCCGCCUCCCACCCGGAGGUGGAGCUCCUCUGCCUGGUCACCGACCUGGCCCCGCCCACCGUCGCCAUCGAUUGGCUGAAGGACGAGCUCCCCGUGGAGGGAGGCCACGCCCACACCGAGGAGGCCACGCCCGGCCACGCCCCCGGCACCUUCCGGGUGGUGUCGCGCCUCAACGUCUCGGCCUCCGAUUGGUGGGACGGGAGCUUCUCCUGCCGCGUCACGCACGCCGCUUCCGGGACCGUCCGCGAGGCGGCGGCCGGGAGGUGCUCGG